AUGGUUGACAAGCCUGAUGCUGGCCUCCGAAGCCUCAAUCAUUAUCGGAAUCAGCUCCCAUCAUGGCGGUACUGGCCUCGACAGAAACUCCUUCCUCUCGUUCGGUAUGAGACACCGUAUCUCGCCUGGCUACAGGAGAAGGUGCGGACUCCGGCCUUUGACUCAUACUUCGCAUUUACGGCCAAUUUGGGAACCCACACCUUUUUUAUGGUCUUCUUGCCGAUUUUGUUCUGGAGUGGAUAUGACAGAUUAGGUCGUGGAAUGGUACAUUUGUUAGCAUCUGGUGUAUUCAUCAGUGGAUUCAUCAAAGAUUUGCUGUGCCUUCCGCGUCCGCUAUCUCCCCCGUUACAGCGCAUCACUAUGUCCGGUUCCGCUGCCCUAGAAUAUGGCUUCCCUUCGACGCACUCGACAAAUGCUGUUUCUGUCGCCAUGUAUGCCCUCAACUUACUGAAUUCCGCCGACGCAACCCUGAGUCCCCAUGUCAAUAUGAUCCUACAAUUCAUAACGUAUCUCUAUGUCACCUCUAUAGUGCUUGGUCGCUUGUACUGCGGAAUGCACGGGUUCUUCGACGUGGUCGUGGGGUCGUUGUUAGGAAUCCUUCUUGCCUUCAUUCAGUACACGUGCGGCCCGGCUAUUGAGGAAUACGCGGUUGCAGGGCAUGAGAAGGAGGUGGUAGCGGUUGUGUUGAUUAUUCUGGUCCUUGUUCGCAUCCAUCCUGAACCUGCAGACGACUGUCCUUGCUUCGAUGACAGUGUGGCGUUUGCAGGAGUGUUGUUAGGGGCUCAAGCAGCUUAUUGGCACGUUUCGCUAACUAGUAGGAAUUUCGCUGCCAAUCCUAUCCCAUAUCGUAUUGAGUACCUGGGGCUACUCAAGACUGGACUACGCCUAGUGAUCGGAGUGCUUUUGCUCUUUGCGUGGAGAGCCAGUAUGAAACCUUUCCUUCUGCGGAUUCUUCCUCCGGUGUUCCGUGGCUUGGAAAAGCUUGGCCUUUUACUUCCCCGACGGUUCUUUACCAAAGCAUCUGAGUAUACUAUAGUCCCUGCACACCUUAAGGAUCAUGAGGUGCUUCCCAGCUUUUCCGACAUUCCUUCGAUCCUUACGAACCUCCGUCACCCGAGACGACGGGCAGUAUCGGUGGGCCCACAAUCCGAAGCCGAUGCCUACGAGACAUUAGCAUAUCGCGAGAAACGCAGAAGAGAGAGCUUGUCUAGCGGCAAACGACCAACUCCUGUGUCUGAACUGAGCAACCAUAACGGCUCCACUGCGACUGAUGGAGAACCCACGCUCUCACGAAAGCAGUCGAAAUUGCACGAGUACGAGAACAUGAUGGGAACGGGCAGCCCACGCAUUGCAACUGCAAUCGAUUCACCCUCCCACGCUCCACCACUGACGGAGCCGUUUCCUGACCUGCAGCCCGAGCCCAACGAAGAUGAGGUGUUUUCCCAGAUCAAGAGACCGCGCGUGCGUUAUGAUGUCGAGGUGGUCACGAAAUUGGUUGUGUAUUCUGGUAGGAUAUCCUAUAUCGUCUCUCCCUCGGAAUUGCUGCUAAUCGCCGCGCAACAGGAAUCGCGUGGAUAG